UUGUCUUAAAACACAGCAUUUUAUGAAAGUAAUUGAUUGUCUCAUUUGAUCGUGAGAAUUUCGAUUUAAGUAAAUAUGUUUUUAGUACCCACUAAUAAAUAUUUUUAUUUUUUCGGUACUUCUUCUCUUAGUGCGUAUGCAUCCAGACGUUUUUCGGCCCUUGUUCAGACUUCUCUGAAAACAAGAAGUAAUCAAAAGUAAUGAAUGUGAUUAUCGCGCGACAAAGUAAACGAGAUGAACUCGGCUCGAAGUCGUGAAACAGUCUAGGCGGGAUUGAAAUUCACGCUCCGAUGUGAUCCGGAGCGAAACACGGCCUCGGUACGAUAGAGCACAUGACAUGAAGACGAGGAAUAAUGAAUAACGCGAAUGACAUUUUUCCACCGAGAUUGCAAUACUACUAUCUCCAGCCAAAGUCCUUCGUUGUAAACUAUGUAAGCACAAACAAACAUUGAACUGGGUCGUUUAUGGUAUACAUCGGCGAAUGUGCGAGAUUACCGCACGUUCGUGUGCGAGAACACAAACUGGAUAUACUUCCACACAAUGUAUCUUUGUAAUCGACGUGUGCAAGCUCGUGUGUACACACACACAUACAUACGUACGGAGCUGAUGUAUGCGAUACCGAUACAUAGAAGGUACUCUAAGAAGAUAUCGCUAAGUGGCUGCCGAUAUACGGGACGGCAAAUCAGUUUAAGACCACCUGCCCCAGAAGGUGGAACACUUUGUGCAGAGUAAUCGUUUAACCGCGGUGAUCGCGUAGAUUUGAUCAUCCAUCCGACGUUGGAGAAAGCUCGGGAAGGGCUUCGCACGACGAUUGUCCCGAGGGAGAAAUGGAUCCGAUCCGAAAAAAGAGAAAGAAGCCGCGCGACGAAAAGAAAGUGCUGCUGUCCAUCGUUGAUCCUUGGGACGUAAGAGUGGCCAGUGUCGAUCCGGUUGGACUGGCCGCACGGCGAGGCGUCUCCCUGUCCAUCCUGUCGUCCUCGGUUCAGGACGAGGGUGGUGCCAAUCAGGAAUGGCCAAGCAGAACCGUCAAGAUACCGUCACCGUGGUACAAGCCUAGCGCGUCCACCGGUCACGUCAGCUCGGCCAAAUCCGAAGAGACCACGCUGAUCGACACGAACCUGUUGCAUCCUUGGUACGAGCCGCGAAGAUCGCCCGUUGCGACGCGCAAGUCGCCGAGUCCUGCCAGGGAGAGAUCGCGGGACGGCGGGAAGCGUUCGAAGGAGAACAGCAAGACAGAGCGCGACGAGGCGGACGAGGUCGACGGUGGAUUAAUCAACGGCGCGCAGGAAAUUAGACGCGACGAUUUCGAUGACGCGGACGGCACCGCGCGGGUGCGUUUCGAGAUCGUCGGAGAGAAGCGGCCGAAGCGGAAUGGAGUGCGAUGUGAGAACGGGCAAGGUGUUAACGACGUCGCGUCGCGAGUGUUGACCGACAGCCCGAGCGGGAACGAUAAUCCGAAGUCUGAGCACGCAUUGCCGGCAAUCGCGAGGCGGAGUCGCGCAAACGGAGCGGACAAGCGGGACAGUUCGCGAGAAACGGACGAUGUGCAGCGAGACAGUGAUCCUCAUCGAGUAGUCCAAGAGGAACCAACGGUCGUUAAUAUCGUUCAGCACUUGGUGGAAUCCAGAUAUAAUCCAGAAACCGCGGCGGACAGAAGAUUAAAAAGGAUGCCAUCAUGUCGUCGACAAGAAGCGCCGAGAGAAAUAGAUCCAGUAGAUAUUUCGAGCGAGCUGAACGAUAAUGCGGACGAGGUUGUUAACAUAGUCAAACAAGAGAGUCGUCAAGAAGCCACCGACGAGACGAAGACGCCGCCGAAAGCGGCGGAACUACGAGCCACGAGAAUAAGGAAGACCAGCAUCUCGAUGCCCAGCAAACUCGACGAGAUGGACGUGCUUCGAAUAGACAGACAGAACGGGACCGCCUCGAAAUUCACGAGAGCGGAAAGUGACAGCAGCAGCAGCGUGACUUUCAGCAACAGCGGUUCGACGCCAAACGGAAGCCCUCUCCUGGGCUCUGAAACGGAAGAGGAAGCGAACGACGAGGAAUUGGUCAAAAUCCCAUUGCAAGCUCCACCGCGAAGGAAGGGCAGAGCCGUGUCGCCGUCGGUGAACGAGAAAAUGGGAAAUGAUCCUAUGGAGCUCUCGGGCGUGCAGAGCGCGAACUCCACGAUAACCAGCGUGAACAGCAUAAGCAGUCUUUUAAAGGAGAAACUGCAGCUGUCGCUACCACAGGCGUUGCGAAGCAGCAAAAGGCGUCAGAAUGCAGAUUACAGGCUCAAAGCGUUCGUUGGCUUCCUCUUCCUCUGCGUCGUCUUCCUCGUGAGUUUCGCGCACAUUUACUAUACUCAGCACGUUCUGCAACGAGCUUACUUCCAUCAUUUUAGGUUUAACAAGAACGAGAGGGUGAUGAGAGUUUACAACAACAACAGCGCGGAGAUCGUCGCCGCCAAGGUCGGCGAGGGCAUACCGCCGGACACGGGGGUGUAUCCUUGCCUGCCGCAUCAUCAGAAGCAGGACUCGGUCUGCCUGGAGUGGCUGCAGCAGACGCGCCUGUAUCUGGCGUACACGAAUCGCGAGGACAUGCACUGCUACCACGUGACCUGGCAGAGCCUGAAUCCGCAUUACAAUCCCAAGGACUGCUUCGACUGGUCGUCGAAGCGCGGCCAUUGGUACGGCGCCGGCCAGAUCCAGAACAUGGCGUACCCGCUGGAACGCGGCCGCCUGGAGCUCAGUCCCUUCGUCACCGGUGACGUGAGGAAGCAUCCGUUCGGCAAUGUGCUGAAGAGAUACUUCCUCAACUCGAAGGGCGCCACGAUCCUGGUGGACCCCGAGACGCCGCUCUACGUCUCCAUAAACGCCAAUCGCACCAGCGACUUCUGCCUGCAGGCCAAGCACGACGCGUUCGCUUACAUCAACCACCUGACGCCGCUGCCUCAGCUCAACUACACUAUCUGCGCCACCGACAACAUGAAGAGCCUGCACUCUUCGAUGGCGGAGAAGUCCUUGUGGGACGGCCUGAAGCCCGACGAGCUGCACGCUGUCCACUCCUUGCUGUCCGAGCCGGUCUGGCAGAUCUCGCCCAUCAACGAGGCGGCCAUUUACAAUUACACGGAGGACGUGAUCGCCUUGGGAUUCCUACGCCAAGGACACGUCCUGCUCAGCGAGGAGUGGCAGCCCAGCCCGGGGGACUUUAUACUGGACGAGGAGAGAUUCCCGUCCAUGGAAGAGACCAUCAAUAUCAUUCAUCGCAGGGGAUUCAGGAUAGUCUUCAGCAUCCAGCCAUUUAUCUCCACGGAGUCCGUAAACUUCAAAGACGCUGUCGCCAAUAGAUUACUGAUCUCCGAGAGGGGCAGCGAUCCGAGAAUCCCGGCAUUGACCAGAUACAAGCAGAGCAACAGUGCCGGCGUGCUCGACAUCACGAACAACAAGACCCUGCCGUGGUUGCAGACGAAGCUCGAGAGCCUGAUCAUGAAGUACCACGUGGACUCGUUCUACCUCGACCUGGGCACAGCCCAAGACAUGCCGCACUACUACAAGUGCGAGCAGCCGCUGACCAACCCCGAUCACUACAAGACCAUCUUCACUCGCUCGAUACUGGGUACGAUCCCCGUGAUCGGCGUCUCGAGUGCCAUUUCCAGACCGCGAGCGCCCGUCUUCGUGUCCCUGCCUCCGUUCCCCUCCUCGUGGAAGGCCAUCAAGACCGUAAUACCUACGGUCCUGAGCUACGGCAUGAUCGGUUUCCCCUUCAUCAUGCCUGGAGCGGUCGGCGGUGACGUGGCACUGCCGAUGUCGGACAACAACCCCGACAACGACUUCGAGGUGAAUCUACCGGACAAGGAGCUCUACAUCCGGUGGCUGCAGCUAUCCACCUUCCUACCCGUGAUCCGUUUCACUCACCUGCCGAGCAAAUACUCGGACGAGUCGGUCUUGGAGAUCGCCAAGCGACUGACCACUCUGAGACAGAAGACGGUGACACCGUUGCUGAAGAAGUACGCGAACGAGACAUUGGACACCGGCCUGCCUAUCAUCCGGCCGCUCUGGAUGCUGGACCCAGCGGAUCCAGCCUGCCACGUGGUGGUCGACGAGUUCUCCGUCGGCGAGGAGCUGAUCGUCGCACCGGUGCUUUAUUCCGGCAGCCGGCAGAGGGAGGUCUACCUGCCGGCGGGUGUAUGGAGGGACGGGAUCGACGGCAGCUUGAGGAAAGGCUCCAGGUGGAUUCACAAUUACCGUGUAGCGGAGGACAAGGUGGCCUACUUUGUUAAGAUGCCGGACAACACGAGAUUCUGAAGGACACACUGCCCGCUUCCAGCAGAAAGCGAAGCAUCCUGAAAUCGUCCUACGAACGUCCUUUAUACGUGCACAGGAUGUCUUAAGAUACUCCUCGGGGCAUCCCGGACAUCACACUCCGAAUGAUUUGGGGAUCGUCUCGUGCCACCUGUGGUUGUGGCGGCUUUGUUGAGGAAUCGCGAAUCAUUUCAACUAUUUUCGAUUGUGUGUGUACACGGAAAUGGCUCUUUUUUGUGCGCGUACUCCCUCCGCUUUUUUUUCAGCGGGACCACAUGAUCUAUGCGUCAUUACUGAGCUUUGGUCACGCUAUGAACGUUUAUUGAUAUACGCUGAGUGACUUAUUCUUCGUCACGGUCCGCAGGAUUCGGUCACGGUCCGAUAGGAUCGUUUCUCGGUGAGCUUGAAAAUGACAAAACGAUCAUGCAGUGACAGAUUUGAAAUAGUAAUAUAUUUUGCACGUGCGAUAUAUUUCAUAUAUGCGAGUAGUGCGAAGAAUGUUAUUUGCUCUCGAAAUUUCUUGGGGUGAAAUUUCAUUCGAAAUAAGUGAAAAGUGGCAUUGUUAUUACUCGAAACGAUAAAAACACUGCCACGGAUAACACUACGGGAUAGGAAUUUUGACCACAUUUGCCGUAGAUUAUCAUUAUAAAGUUUAGACGGAUAAUAAUUUACCAUAGUCAAUUUUAAUCGUUGAUAAUUUAAAAAUUAUUGUAACCUCAUCGUUCUCAUUGAAAGUUCUCCGUAAAACGUACAUCUAUACGUUAGUACAGAUCAUUAUCAUCCUAUACAGUUCUCGAGUAAUUGGGAGAUGCGAAUAAGAGCCGGUGCUGGUGAUUAGUUGCGAAAUUAAAAAAAUUAUUUAAUUUAUCAAGUCGAUGAAUCUAAUGUUUCCAAACGUAUCGGUCGUGGUUUUCGUCGAGGAAAGUCGAAACUUGCAACUGAAACAUUUGAACAUUAAACUCAUCGACUUAAAGAGUCAAAUAAUUUUUUCCAUCCCGCAAUCAAUUACCAGCGCCCGGCUUUUAUUGAUCUCUUCCAAUUACUUUCGUCUGAAAAUAUUACUCGACGAUUCAGAGCGGAGAAUUUGUUCUAAAUGAGUAAAGAAUCGCUCAAAUUUGAGUGAUUCAAUGGGCUGUGCUUUUCGAGUGAGAUUUCAUUCUGAGAAACGUAGAGAGUGCGAAAUAUCGAGAAAUUCCGGUGAGAAUUCACGGAAAAUCACAUUGUUGUGUUUUUCAUGUAAACGCUACAAUCGAUUGCGUCAGAUCGGUGUGUAUCGCGAACGCGUGUGUAGUGCUGACACAUAUUGAAAGAAAAAAAAAACCAAACAUGUAGAUUAAUUUUAAGCCAACAAUGAGAUAUCUUGCUUUAUCCAACGAUACUGUUUCACCAUAUAUAUAUAUAUAUAUAUAUCUAUCUAUUACCAAUUUGUCAAUAAUUUAUUAGCGAGAGAAUCUGCGAGAGAUUCAGCGAUAUGAAUUGAAAAUAAAAAAAGAAGUCAAUAUAUCAUGUCCUCGCGAGGAAUGCACCUAUAUGCAAUCUUGCAGGGCACAUGGUCUAUUUAUUUUCAUUACAAACUUA